ACUGCUGGCAGAUAUGUAAUACAGCGCUUAGGACGCCUACCUGCAGUUUGGAAAGCUGAGAAUACAUCAGCCAAACCCUUGUUUAAAAAAAAAAAAAACCUGGGAAAUAAAACCUGGCACAUAAUCAGGAAACUUCCAUUUGAUGUGUUGCGACAGAUUCUAAUAGCAGACAAGACUACUUGUAGUCGUAUACCUGGCAUUAGUAAGAGGAAGUAGUAAGGAUGGCGAAAACUGAGGCACCAACAGCUGCUCCGGUGGCAAGUCGAUGGAGCAGGCUUUUGAGGCGAUCUGUAGACGGGGCUCCACCCCAGGAUCCAUUGACCAUGGCUGACUUCAUGAAGGUAGCCAAGUCCAAGAUUGACGCCUCGGCCGGCGAGCUGAACACCAUAAGCCAGGAGAUCUGGUCCCACCCAGAGCUGAAUUUCAACGAGCACCACGCCCACGAGGUGCUGACGGAUUACCUGGAGAAGGAAGGAUUCAACGUGGAACGUCACUUUGUGCUGGAUACGGCUUUCAGGGCAACUUUUGGUUCCGACAACGCUGGCCCCAACAUUUGUGUGAUCUGCGAGUACGACGCCCUACCAGAGAUUGGCCAUGCCUGUGGGCAUAAUCUGAUCGCAGAGUGUGGCGUGGCCGCCGGGAUCGGCAUAAAGGCUGCAUUGGAGGCUAGCGGAAAUAAAUACGGAAAGGUGACGGUACUAGGGACACCAGGUGAAGAGGGAGGCGGCGGCAAGAAACGUCUCAUCAAGGCCAAUGCCUUUGUUGGCAUUGCUGUAGCCAUGAUGGCUCAUCCUUACAGAUACAACGUGCCACGCCCUAUUGCUCUGUCAAUGACAGCUCUGGUUAUCAAGUUCCAAGGCAAGGCUUCCCAUGCUGCAGCAGCUCCCUGGGAUGGCAACAAUGCGCUGGACGCGGCGGUCACGUGCUACCAGUCCAUCUCCAACAUGAGGCAGCAGAUGAAACCAGCGUGCAGAGUUCACGGGAUUUUCACCAAUGGGGGCGCUGCUCCCAACAUCAUUCCCGAGGAGGCAGAGUUGACCUACUACCUGCGUGCCGUCGACGAAAACGAGCUCGCCGUGCUGAAGAAGAAAGUUGAGGCUUGCGCUGAGGGUGCUGCCAUAGCAACCGAAUGCAAGGUGGAAAUUGAUGCAUCGGGCAUAUCAUACGCCAACCUAAUCACCAAUGACGGAUUGUCCAUCAUGUAUGAAGCACACGCACAGGGGAUGGGUGUUGAGUUUAGCCAUGACGAGGCUUUGAGACGAGGGGGCUCCACGGACAUGGGCAACGUGUCCUACGUUGUUCCCAGUAUCCAACCCAAAUUUACCCCGGGCUCGGGAGACGCGGCUAUCCACACAAGACCAUUUGCAUCAGUAGCAGGUGCCCCCGAGGCUCAGGCCCCGACGUUGAUCCAGGCCAAAGCGCUAGCCAUGACGGCCAUCGAGCUGCUCCAACCCAGCGGGCAAGACACCCUCAAGAAGAUACAGAAGGAAUUCAAGGAGACCGUCAGCAAGCUUCCAAUGCCCGAUAUGGGUGAUUAACUCCUUUGUAGCCUCUCUAUUGCCCCCAAACACCCUAGCACUGUAUGGUUAUCAGCUAUGGAUUUAUUCAGGAAAUAAAUACAAUGUUAUAAAAUGUUAUACAAUGUAUACAAUGUUAUACAAUGUAUACAGUUGCUAGUGGGUUAAAGGAGGAUGUGAUUGGACAGAGGUGGUGGUAAGUGUGCUUCCAUGGUUUAAUAUUAUUAACUUGCACAAGUAAUUGAUGUGAUGAGAGACAUGUGUACGCAGUGGAGCAUGCAAAUUGACCUAAAAAAAAUUGCAGGGUUCAAAUCCUGCUGCUUGCCAUGCAUUGUGUCCUUAGGCAAGACACUUAACCCAGAUGUUAACUCUCUAUCUAGCAAGGAGUGUACACCGAUACUGGAUUUAUAAGCUUUGAGAUAACCUGCGUUUAGACGUCAGGGUUUGGAACAUGUACAUCCAACAAGGUUCUUGCUAAUCGAAAGUGUUACGAGAUUAUUCACAAGUAAUGGAUAACUUGCGGAACUAAAUUUAAUGUACAACUCUUUAAAACUGGGUUCAUGUUUUCAUGUUUACAUGUUUACCUGUCAUGAAUCAUGCAUUACAAUCUCCACAAAGUAUAUUUGCACUUUGAUGAUCGUAUUGAAGAGAAAAAAAAAGACUAUCCAUGAUUAUUAUUGUGCUUUAAAUACAAAGUUUAAAUUUUACUUUGCAAUGAUUUAAGUUGUUGUUGGCCAGUAUGGUAUGCAUCAAUAAUUUUCUAAGAAUUAUGGUAUGUAUUUUUGAUAAGGAUUGUGAAUUAGUAUUAGACAUACAUACAUGAAUAAUUUAGGGAUGUGUUAAAUAAAUUCCUGAGUUUUGUUGCACUGCAUACAUAUGGGAAGUAUUAAAUUAUAACAUAUUUUAAGAAGAAUUAAGUUACAUUUACAUUUAGCUUCUAAUUAAGCCUAGCUGUCCGAAAUCAACCAAAUCCUAGAUCUGAAUUUGAUUGUUUUGGUACUAUAGAAUCCUAGAGUCCAGAUUUGUAUACAUUUUCAGAACUUACAUAAAUUUAAAGUGUUAAAAUUUUAGAAAUAUGACAACCAGCAUGGGUUGAAAUGUAUAUUUUAGUAGGGAGAUUGUGACUUUAAGAAAAAUUCAUGCGAUGUACAUUUUAUAUUGUUACAAUAAGAAUUUUCCCCACUUUUUGAGUAACUGGUUUGUUUUUAUGAGUGCAAAUGAUUUUAAGGUCGGUUAAUAUGUUGAAAGCAUAAUAGUUAAAAUAAUUUAUGUAAGAAAAAGGUGUUCCUCAAAAUCACACUACAGACAUACUGCACGUGUUUUGAAGUUAAAUCGUUAUAGGUGGUUGUUUUAUUGCACAGUAUCAAAAUGUUCUUUCACCUAAAAUGUACAGUUGUUUUCUAAUGUACUGGUGAACAAAUUACAUAAGUUCUUCCUUGGAAUGGUUCAAUUUGUCACAAACCAAAAACUUCAAGAAAAAAAGAAUGAGCCAAUAUGUCCUGUGCCGUUUCUUUUAAAGUAAAAAUCGGACAUUACACAAUACAUAAUUAUUUUAGCAAUACUAAUAAAUAGGCCUUCUGGUUUUCUGGUUGUUACUGUGCAAACAUCUCUUAAGUGGUUAUCUCGCACAGGCCUGGGCAAGUAUUCGAUUUUUCUACUCAAUACUCGCAAAGAAAUUACUCGCGAGUAGUCGAAUAUUCACAAGUAGUCGAAUACUCCCAAGUAGUUAACUGAAUUCCCAUAAAAGCAGAAAAAUGACAUACACGUUAGUAUGAUGGGAAGUAAAUUACAAGCAAAUAGCGUGCAAGUCACAUCACAUUCUUCAGCACUGAAAUAUCCUUACUGUGCAACGCUUUGAGUCAUUUGCUUGAAUUUUUUGAAUUUUUUUUUUUUUUUGACAAAUGGAAUCCUAGGGAGAGAGAGGUGGAGGGAGUGAUUCCCUGUUUGCAGGGGAUGUAUUAAGCCGUGAACCCUCGACCCUAAAUUGCCACUCGCGAGUAGCUGCUUCUACUCGCGCCAGGACGAGUACUCAAGUCGAUGAAAAACCAUGAGUAGAAUGAGUAGCAUAAACUACUCGCGAGUACUCGAGUAAUAUCCAAUCCUGAAAGAACACAAUUCUUUUUCGGGUAACUUGACAACUCUGAAAUAAAAAACAUCUCUCAUUACAAAAUUUUACUAAUUCAACAACAUAAUUCUUUUUUGGUAUUAGAUUUCGUUGAUCAGUAAAUAGCAUAAUUUAAUGUUAUAUUCGUCAUAUUGUUAUUUUUUAACAAUUCUGUAUUCUUAUAAAUUUAAAAAAAAAAAUUUCAAAUCAUAAACAAAAAAUUCAGCCACAAUUUUGUUGUACAAUUUGUAUGAAAUAUACAACAGAUUGACAUAAAUGAUGUGCCCUAAUUUUGUACACUGUACAUCAGGAAUGCAUAAUAAAUUUCACUGAAAUUGACA